UUGUACAAAUUGUUCUUAUGAGCGCACAACUAGCAAUUGGCUCCGAGUCAUGGUCCCAGUCGGCGUCACCGUGGCCCGGUCCGUCCGAGUCACGGUCACCGUGACGGUCGUGGUGCCACAGGCACGGUGACAGUGAGCCCGGCCGAUAAUCUGCUUGUAAUUCACUGAUCGAUAGCAGGAGUGCGUGAGCCCGUCCUGAGGAGGAUCGGGCUGUUGUCCCCGCCCAGUGUAACUGCCGCGGCAGGCACCCGAGGCUACGUCGCCAUAGUUACAUAUAUCUAUAUCCACGAGUCAUAACGCAACAUGGCUGUCCUGCUUGAGGUGACCCAUCCAGUGCUCCGAUUUACAUCCGACUUCCUUGAGCGCACCCCAAACAGAGCUGUUCGUGUAUACGCGCGUGCAUUCCUGGCGAGUGGCCUGGAGACGCUCGAGCCCUGGGAAAGCGGCACACCCUACAUCAAAGAAGAUACUCCGAACAUAAGCGAGGCCACUAUAGAGGUAGUAAAAGAGUCGGAUGGCGCAGAAGGUGUCGCCACAGCGAAGAUCAAUUCACUAAAAUAUCGAAGCUUUGGGGCUGAAAUCAAAAAUAUUGACGAGGCAUCAGUUUCCGAACUGCUCUGUAAAACUGCUGUCGUGGAGCUAUGGCUUGCCACCGGAGGGAUUGCCGACGAUAAAGUGGAUUUGCACAUUGGUUGUGCGAGGCUACCACUAGGAGCAGCACUUGCGACAAACCAGCUGCAUGCAGAUAUAACUGUGGCUCUUAGCUCCACGUGCGUCAGCCAAACUGUUGACCCCUCAGCUUCGAUCCUCCACGAUGCUGGACGAUCGUCAAAGGUGAAUCUAUGUCUAUCUGCGUCAAACAAGUUGUUUUCGUUCAUGGUGGGCGGAAGAGUGCUGACAUUUGGCAAUGGACAUAUCGAGAAUAUGCCUGUUGAGUGGAUGACUACCACAAUUUCACAACCAAACGAAGUUAAGCUCGCCAUUAGGCUACAACAGCGAACGGAACAUACAGGUGCAGGUGGUGUUGCGAAUGGCCUUUCCGCUGUCGUGGGACCACAUGCGACAAUUUCAGGUGGCGUGCCCAAACAACUAGAUCGUCCAAUUGCAGAGCAUCGGAACAAAGAUACUGCGACACCAAGCAACAUCUGCCGUCUCGAAUGGGCUGCUGACCUAGAUUUACCGGUGGCGCUCUUUGUGACUGCCAAGACCCUGCUCGAUGUUGCGUUCAACCCAAAUAAAUGGGUGUUUGUCCUUGAGCUGCAGCAACAUGACACAACUGAAGCGAGAGUUACGGCAGUUUCAUCCGUAGAUGCACUGAUGGGUUCAUCAAUGGUCAAAGCGUCGUUUUUUGCCACCGAGGCUGGUGCUGGACAAAAAGUGUUUGCUGCGGUACAAUCUCCCCAAGAAAAAUCUACUACCUCCGCCCGUGAGUGUACCAUUGCAACAGCAACAGCUGCAAUUGAAUGUAGUAUCACUGGCUCUACAAUAAUUUCCAGUUCUACUUCGGACACCUGGAAAGGCACCAAUCCUGCUGAAGAACUAAUACACGAUUCUAGACUCUCCGAUUGCGUUGCGCCAAGACGCGUGUCGUGGAAGAGGAGACGUGUUGACGCAUACGUUGAGCUUCACCAAGAGGUUAACAAAAUUUUUUCAAGCAUCUUGAUCAAGCAUGAUUCUCUCCAAAAUCAGAACUGUGCCGCAACAUCUAGUACAGGGACAUUGCACCGCCAAAUGAAAGCAGGCCUCGGUCAGAGCACUGCUUUUCACAGCUUCCGCCUUGGUCUUACCCCCUGUCUUCAGCGUGUAGUUCGCAAAUGGCACCCAAUACAGCCUACAAAUAUCGCAACUGAAGAAGCUGCUGUUAGCGAGUGCUAUACGCACAUUAUGGACCUUGUUACAUUGUUCCAAGAAGGUGCAGAGCCAGGACGAUCUUCCAGAAAAUGUAGCCUCGCACGAGCUUAUGAUGCUGCGACCAAUAGUCUAUGGGGCGUAGCUGCUACCGAACACAAGACCCGACUUAGCCGGGCGAUGGUAGAAUCAUCGAACCAGACCGCCAUUGCCAAUGGAUGGUUUGAUCUUGCUAAAUCAGUGCUUCUGUCCUGCAAUAUAAACUCAAAUAAUAUUCCAAGGACCACAUACACGCAGCUUAACGUGGCGAAACAAGCACUCAGCGAGUGCCUGGCGUGCGGUAGUACAGAUUCAAGAGAUGCAGCCGUGCGCCUGCAAGGUGCUGUGCUACUCGAAGAAGGAAGUCUCGAUGAUUCCGAAGCAAUAUUUUCGGCGCGCGCGCUAUCAGGCACUAAUAACGCAAUCGAUGCAGCAUUUCUCUGUGUCAUUGCCGACAUGCGCGAAGAUGGCCUUAAGGCCAAGCGUGCUGCAACUUGUGCAGCAGGCGCCAAAGUAUCGCCCGAUCCCGGUGUGCUUCGUGCGAUAUGUGCCCUAGAUGAUGCAUCUAACUACCUAAUGACUUUCGGCCUGGCCAAAUCCGCAGCUUCAGCUCUCGCGAUUGCUGAUCGUGCUCUUGCGUUGGCGUAUAAACACAACUCUAUGCUCACUUCGUGGGUAGGGUCACCGCAGAUUGCAGCCCAUCGACGUGUUCUCCACGCACGCCUCAGCGUCGACACCAGGACUGCUGUGCAGCUAGCGCAUUCUGCAGUUAGGGCUUGCAAAACCAUUUUUACGUUGACAGCACUUGGCGACUUGCUCUGUAUGGCAAAUGACGUAGCCGGGGCAGUUGAACCAUACGCUGAUGCAUUAGUGAGGCAUGCGGAGCGCUUUCCGCACGCAAAGACGCCAUUGGACUUAUGCGUCAAACAUGCACGCUGUCUCCUUCGGACUAAUCAAAAUUGUGCUGCGCGGGAUACAUACGUCACUGUGGCAGAGGAGCUACAGGAUUCGUCGCUUUGGCUCGGCGCAGGCACUGUGGCACUCCGCCUGGGUGCAUUAACCUCAACUGACCGCCAUCUACGUCGCGCAACAGUCCGUUCACCGCACAGUGCGCAGCCUUAUGGCCUGCUUAUGCUGAGCCAUCUCACACAUGAUGGGAAUGCUACCUGUUGUGCAGGAAGUCUUCUUGAUGUUUCAGUAAACUUUGGUCUUAACGACCGUGGUCUCCUCCGGGAGCUCGGAAAUGCCUACUUUCAGCUCGGACAUUACACUAUUGCCGAAACCUUGCUUCGUCGCGCAGUAGCCGCCGAGUUCAACAGGGGUGCUCAUUCACACGCCCUCAAGCGCCUUACUGACGUCCGAGCAGCCCGGGUCGUGGCACGAGAGGCUCGCUACGCUCCAGUCUGAGUCCAGAUAGCGAGCACAGUCGGUUCGACAUUAAUGAUCUGCCUUGUCAAAACGACGGCUGAGGCGAGACGGGACAAGAAGGCCAGGGUCUCAAUUUGAAGAAAAAUCACCGUGGCCCGGGUCUCCACGCUAGCUGAGAACGUAUAUAGGGUCACUGGCAUAAGUACUAUCCGGGCAAUUACUGUGAAAAACAAAUCCGAGUCG